CCCCAAACGCCAAACGCCUAAUUUGUCCCUUCGCGGGAGCCGUACUUGGAUGCAAGCUGGUUUGUUUUGACUUUUUUGCUAAAAGACUCCCUCCCGGCCCGAAACCGAAUUAAAGCUGCAGCAUCAUGUCUGACAAAAGUGAACUAAAAGCGGAGCUUGAGAGGAAGAAGCAACGCUUGGCCCAAAUCAGAGAGGAAAAGAAAAGGAAGGAGGAGGAACGCAAGAAGAAGGAGGCAGAUCAACUGAAAGAUACGGCCAUUCACCAUGAAGAGUCCGACUUGGAGAAGAAGCGAUAUGAAGCUGAUGCCCUGCUGCAAAGUUUUGGCAUAGCCUCUGAUGUUUCUGUUGUCCCCGCUCCCACGUCUCCAACUACCAAAUCGGCAGACACCUUAAGCGAGACCGGGAGCCAGGACUCGGACGGAGCUGUGGGACCAAGGACUCUGCACUGGGACUCUGACCCGUCCACUCUCCAACUUCACUCUGACUCUCAGCUGGGGCGGGGCGCUUCGAAACUUGGAAUGGCCAAAGUCACUCAGGUGGACUUCCCUCCUCGCGAGACGGUGUCUUAUACAAAAGAGACCCAGACACCUGUCAUGACGCAGCAAAAAGAAGAUGAGGACGACGACGACAACGAAGUUGCCCCGCCACAGCCGGUCGUCGAGACUCAGACUGAGAAGCCCGACCUCAAAGAGGAAGAUGAAGUGACCCUCCACGAGCUGACCGAGGAGGAGAAACUGCAGAUUUUGCAUUCGGAGGACUUUGUGGAUUUCUUCGACCACAGCACUCGCAUCAUCGAGCGGGCUCUGUCGGAGCACGUAGAUCUCUUUUUUGACUACAGCGGCCGCGACCUGGAGGAGAAGGAAGGCGAAAUCCAGGGCGGAACGAAACUUUCACUCAAUAGGCAAUUCACAGAUGAACGCUGGUCCAAGCACCGUGUUGUCACCUGCCUGGAUUGGUCACCUCAGUAUCCCGAACUUCUGGUUGCCUCCCACAAUAACAACAUGGACGCCCCGCACGAGCCGGACGGCGUGGCUUUGGUGUGGAACAUGAAGUACAAGAAAACCACACCCGAGUACGUCUUCCACUGCCAGUCCGCCGUUAUGUCCGCCACCUUCGCCAAGUUCCACCCCAACGUGGUGGUCGGGGGCACAUACUCGGGCCAAAUUGUUCUGUGGGACAACAGGAGCAACAAGAGGACCCCGGUGCAGAGGACGCCGCUCUCUGCAGCCGCGCAUACGCAUCCGGUCUACUGCGUCAACGUGGUUGGCACCCAGAACGCCAACAACCUGAUUAGCAUUUCCACCGACGGCAAGAUGUGCUCCUGGAGCCUGGACAUGCUAUCUCAGCCGCAGGACAGCAUGGAGCUGGUGUUCAAGCAGUCCAAAGCCGUCGCCGUCACCUCCAUGUCGUUCCCGUUGGGAGACGUCAACAAUUUCGUGGUGGGCAGCGAGGACGGCUCCGUCUACAUGUCGUGUCGUCAUGGAAGCAAAGCGGGCAUCAGCGAGAUGUUCGAGGGCCACCACGGGCCCAUCACGGGCAUCCACUGCCACACGGCCGCCGGCCCGCUGGACUUCUCCCACCUCUUCGUCACCUCUUCUUUCGAUUGGACCGUCAAGCUGUGGAGCACCAAGAGCAACAAGCCGCUCUACUCGUUCGAGGACAACUCGGACUACGUUUACGAUGUCAUGUGGUCUCCGACUCACCCGGCGCUGUUCGCUUGCGUGGACGGCGUGGGCCACCUGGACCUGUGGAACCUCAACAACGACACGGAGGUCCCAACCGCCAGCGUGUCCGUGGACGGCAACCCGGCCCUCAAUAGGAUCCGAUGGGCUCCUUCCGGAAGAGAAAUCGCCGUGGGAGACUCCGACGGACGAGUCCUGGUGUACGACAUUGGAGAGCAAAUCGCCGUACCGCGGAACGACGAAUGGAGCCGCUUCGUCCGCACGCUGGCCGAGAUCAAUGAGAACCGAGAUGACGCCGAGGAGCUGGCGGCGCAGCGCUUGGCGGCGUGAUGACGCCGCGCGGCGCCACUACGUGUUCAGGGACCAGCGGCGGGCUUGCGAAAUAAGUUCCUCUGUCAGAAAACGAGUCGGCUAAUCCUUUCCCGCUCGUCUUUUUGGGACAGGUCAAAACAACAGAGACCCCCCCCCC